GAGAGGAAAAAAGUAAUUAUGUUGCUAACAAAUGGGACUUAUACUAUUAAUCAGGUAUAAAAUCUCCAUUGCACUACAAGAAUGUAAGAAAGAGACCAACUACAAAAUUCUACUAAUAUUUAAAAUAGAUGUCGCAUCAUGCUUCUAUCUACGAGAUUAUGAAGACCUCGUAAAGCUAAUCGAUACAUGUAUGCAUGGAUCUAAAAGACCGGAAACGAAGUGUUGAUUGUGGCCAAUCUGUUAAAAAGGUCAAAAAACACUUAGCUGACACGAGACCCAGUUCACACUCACUAAUGUGGUGUACUUAGGAUCACGCUAAGGUCUCUAUGUAGUUGUGCUAAAAGCACAAGUUAUAUAUCUAUAAGAUAGUAUAACCACU